GUGGUGGGGGGCGCGUGAGGAGCGAGCCUUGGUCCUUACCUGCGCCUACUGUGACGCACUCCGGGACGCCGCAAGGAGGCGACGCAAAGGCGGCCGCGCAUGGGCCCCAAUUCCCGCGAGUCCCCCGGGAUGGCGUGCGGCGCCUGUUACUACCUGGUGAUCAGCUCCACGCAUCUCAGCAACGGACACUUUCGGCGCGUCAAGGGAGUUUUCAGGGGGCCGCUAUGCACCACAGCGGCGUGCGAGUCACCGGAGCGUGCCGAGCGAGCAUUGGGCUGCUCAGCGGAGGAUCUGAAGUCACUUUUCUACUGCGAGCUGUGUGACAAGCAGUACCUGCGCCACCAAGAGUUUGACAACCACAUCAACUCCUACGAUCACGCACACAAACAGAGACUGAAGGAACUCAAGCAGAGGGAGUUUGCUCGCAACGUGGCCUCUAAGUCAUGGAAAGACCAACGCAAACAGGAGAAAGCUCUCCGACGCCUGCACCAGCGUGCACGGCUGCAGCAGGAACGCCAGCGUGGCCAAGGGAGGACUUUUGAGCUCCAGACUGCUGUGAGGCUUGUCAGCCAGCAGCAAGACAAAAGCACCGCGCACAAAGCCUGCAGCCCUGUGGACAAAUUUGAAGCUUUCAAACACACACACAGGCCCCCAGCCAAACACGGUGGUACGUCUCCACUGAGUCACCAGCGAGAAAAUCCAUGCCAGCCUCUCUCCCAAACACCACUGCUCACUCCGACCGAGUCCCUGCUAAUCACUCGUUCAGAGUCCGAUAAAGGUCGUCCUGCAGUGAAUCAGCAACCGCAUGCGGGCUGCCAGCUGCCUCUGGAGGGCCGGGGGAGAGUCGGAGGCAGGCGUGGGGUGUCCUUCUGUUUCUCGCGAAGGGGGCCGCGGCUGGAGCCCUCCGCCUCAGUUUUCUCUGACCAGGAGGAGGAGGAGAAAGAGAGGCGGCAGCAAAUGAGAAAGCGGAUUCAGGGCCUUUUGGAAGACAUUGAAAGGGAAAUUGAGGGUGUUAGUCAAAGUAAAAUGGGAGGAAAACGCACAAAGGACGCCGAAAUAAGGGAGACCUUGAAAGAUAAUCAAAGCAGUGAUUUAGCUCACUCAACGUCACAUGAUGAGCGAAAGCAGGCACCAGGAGGAGGUGUCGGUGCGCACAUAUCUGUUCUGUGUAAAGAUGGUUCCGCCUGUGUUCCAUGGCCUGUCGGUUUACUGAAGUUUACCAAGUGUGAGCCAUGCAUCUCUUAUAGCUGCAACCCAAACUGCACAAAGCAACCCCAAACGGCAGAACAACUUGCACAGGAUCAGCUAUGUGAUCUCCUGGAUGAAUUGAAACCAAGUGAGUCAGCUAUUCUUACACCAGACACUCGUGACUGUUUAGAAAAAGGGAUGAGUUCCGCGCACGAACCGAGAAAAGCGGAGAACGUCGAGGCAGAAGCACACCAGUUUGUCGAGAACAAAAACCUUUCGUCGUCAGGGGGCGGAUCAGAAGGGCCGUCACGCAUGCUAAGUAUAGAGCAUCAUGUGCGGGCGCCCUCCUUUCCAUUUGACCCCUCUCACAGUGACAGCUCUGACACAAACCCCCCAACUCCUCCGGGAGACAGAUUAGCAGGCACAGGGGGGAUCGAGGAGAGAGCCAUCUCAGCCCUAAGCUGUAAAUUAGAAUCUGUCACCAAGCUUGGCACACGCAGGACAUGCAUCGGCUCGGCAAGGUGUGAGAGAGAGAGCGGGACCGCGUGCAAGAGUGCCAGAGAUCCUCAUCCGCAAGGAGGUAUCUCGUGCAGAAAGCGUAAACACAGCGCAAAGAAGCCCAAGCUGGCAAAGAGAAAGACGGGGAGAAAGCGAAAGUCCGCAAAUGGGCGCAAAUCAGUAAGAUGCAAAGUGAGGAGUGUUGUCUCUGCAGUCUCCAAUGUGAUCGCCAAAGGACGAGAGACUGGAGACAGUUGGCGAGACAAAAAGGGACAACGGGAGAUGGAGGCAAGAGGGACGGUUUGGAGAGCUGGGAGCAGCUGCCUUCCAGAGAGAGCUGAGACCAAGCCAGUCUAUGUCUCUUUCAGGAAGAUGAGGCCUCACAGGAGUCUCUGCUCAGCAUCGCAGUUCUUACUCGGCAGGGAGCAAGGGGAACCCUGCCGCGCCUUUUCCCAGUUUACCGGAUGCAUGCCUGACACAGAAGGGGAGCCAGAACCCCGGAGAUCUCGUUGCUCCUUACACUCUUUCUCAACAGGAUCUAACACAAAGCUGUUUUGGGAAUCGGGUCACCAUAGCAACCCCAGGAGUUUCAUUGACUGCAGUUACCCUGACAACAGCUGUAGUGGCAGCCCGGCGAGAAAGAGAAAACUCCUCCACGGGGACAAGAGAUUCAUUCACAGUAACAGAAGUAGUUUAGGACGUUAUGGGGAGACAGACAAAGGAAGAGAAAGCGGGAGGCACUUUGGUUCCAAAGGCCGAGGUUUGGUCUCGGACCAGUGGGAAUUGACCGAGGACAAUGGCAGGCUGAAUUCUGGAUGGAGAUGGAGAAAGAAGGCGCUAGGAUGGGGGUGGGGAAAUCGGUACAGCAAAAGUCCAAGCAGCGGGGAGAGGACAAGCAGGAGAGCAAGCAUGGAAGAUGUAGAUUGGGACAAGUUGACAUUGGGAAGUAGUGACAGUUGGGAAGAAAGGGGGACACGCAGGUCCAGCUCAGGGUCCAGGACCGGUACCGACAGCAGGAGGAGCCCUAGCUGUGCAUGGGGAUCUGCAGGCACGGGACGCUCGAACUUUAUGUGCGUGCCUAGCCCUGAAUGGUGGACAAGUCGGCGGGUAUACAGUCCGCCAAGGGAGUUCAAACCAUACGAGUCCAGCAGAUGCCACGGGCCACGUUCCUGCAGCCCAUGCAGCAGCAACAGCAGCAUCAGCAGUGUGCUCAGCUGGGAGUGGAGCAAGAGCAGCGCCUCCUCAGGUAUGAUGCGCGGGAGGCUCCCAUCUGAGCUAAACCCACAAAGUGAAGUCACAUCUCUUUCAGCCGACCUCACCUUCAGCGCUGGAGAUGCUUCAUCAGACCCCGCCGCACAUAUCUGUGACAGCAAGACGUCUCAGCAGGAAAGGACCAAGUCACUGUCCGACUGUGACCAUGGACCUCUUGUUUCUACGACCACAAACAAAAGCAUCCCAUGCCAAAGUGAUUCCGUAUCACAGAAACCAAUGCGGACAUUGCAGCUCCCCCUCAUUGGGAAGCUCCCUGCAAUCCAGACAAAAGCCAGGAGGAGAAAAAAAGAGUUGGAAAGAAUUCAGAAGGAGGGUGGUGAUGAGGAGGUGAGUCAGAAGUUGGACAGUGAACAUCCUUUGGGCUUGGCUGAGUCAAACCAAAGCAAUACACCAAAUCUAUGCGCCGUGGAGAUGAGGGGUGAUGACAAGAAGACAGGCGCAGGGCCAGCUCGGCCAAUCAGCUUUAGUGCAGAGGAGCUGGACAAGUAUCGGCUCCUGCAGGAACAGGCCAGAGAGCACAUGCAGAAAGUUCUGGAACAAAGUGAAGAGAGCACAGAUGCGCCCGUGGGGACAAACCUCACAUGCGCCGCGCAGAAAGAUGACUGUGGGACUCCAGAGGAGACGUACAUGCCUCGACCCUCAAUCAAGGCUACACAGAAUCCUCCCACAAUGCCAACAGGUCCCAAUCCGCAAGAAAGACUCCUACGGAUGAACACACAAGAAGAUUUUGCGCCGCCUUUGGCUUUGGGUGUCCCCAGCCUUCCUCCCCUUGCAUCGACCCCUCCUUUCGCCAACCUCCAUCAUUUAAUUUUACAGCACCCAGCUUUCUCCACAGUUCAUUCCGCCGCCUCACACCCCUCUCCUGAUGUCCAGCCAAGUCAGCUCGCUCACUCACUGACCCACCCCCUCCCGAGCCUACCUCAUUACCUUCACCCUUCUCCCGUCCCUCUCUCAUCCCUCUUUCCCUCCAUCCUCCUCGCUCACCACACCGUCCCUUUCCUCCCUCCUCCACUUCCCCCGCCAAUGUCCUCCUUCCACGCAAACCCUCUCACUCCUCUUUCCACUCUAGCCCCACAGCCUUCCAACAAUCUGCUGCCUUUCAUGGACAGAGUAUGGCGAGUUCGGUUCCAGCAGAAGGCCUUGGAACAGUCGCAGAGCUGCAGCCAUGUUCAUUAAUUUUUCAUGGCAAGAGAGAGCACGCUAUUGGAAAUGUGCUGGUCAGGGAUCAAUUUGAGGUCCUCUCCCCACAUACAGUGUGUUAUUGACUGUGUUUCUCCAUUAAUCCCCUGCCGCGUGGCAGCCGACAGUGGCUCAACCGACUUUGAUCAUUUGCUUUCGCGAUCAUUCACCCUUAUAAUAAAGGGAAAGGUGCACCUG